CAGAUUUGAGUGGGUGGGGGUGGGGGUGGUCAGUGACACACACAUCUGCCGCCGUUUGUGUCGACAUGCAAUGGAUCCGGUUCUUCUUGGCAGUGGCAUCAGCUGCUGUUGCUGAACUGUACCAGCUGCCAGAAACCUCACGAGGCGGGCGUGGGUCCAGCAAUGGCACUGUCGACAGACCAAGCGCUGCCAGUUCCGGCAAGGCAAAGCACGCCAGUUCUGCCUUGGCCUCUGAUCGACUCGAAGAGACCAUCGACGACGCACGAGCGCACGCCAGCGGCUGCUUUCGACAUCACACGCAGCAUUUCCUGCAGGCCUCGAAACAGGAAGAGGACGUGGAACUCACUGUCGUCAUCCCAAUGGCCGUUGUCGAGGAGAAGGUUGCUGCCCUCCUGAACAUCGACAAAGACCAGGAUGUUGAUGAAGCCGUCGUUGUGCCGACAGAUACGGACUCUCUUGGUUUUGCAGAGCAAGGCAUGAGCAACAUCUACGAGCAGCUCUCACCCAAGCUGAGGGCGGCUGCCAAGCAUGCGUUUGAGGUGCGCUUUCAAGAGCCAAAGACAGCCAAUUCAACCACCGUCCCAUUCUCCACCUUCAAGCAGGUGCUUGAGCAGCACACCGGCAGCGCCGGUGAUGGGCAUCUCAGCCACCAUGGCGACAAUGCCUUUCACUCGCAUUUCAAAGAUGCCGUCGAGUUGGUGCUUGACUCCCUCUCCAAGUUGAGCAUGGCCACAGUUGACGUGUCGGAGCUCAGCGAUUUUGUCUCUUGCUUGCGCACAUGGUCCUGCGAUAGCAACGGAGACGUGCGCGUGACAUUUGCGAAGGUGUGCCCCGUGAGCACUGCACAGGCCGUAGCCAAGCAGGGCCGAUCGGCCGGCGCCGCGCAAGAGGAACUGCAGAACAAGCUGCAUGCUGCACUGGAGGACCUUGCCGGCUGGUCCGAGGCUCCUGUGGCAGCGCAUGAGCGUACGGCACUGCUUGCAGAGCCAGCCAGUCGCGACCAGCCCCGCCGGCCUUUACUGCUCGAGGAAGACAACGCUUUUCUCGUCAACAAGUACCGUGACAUCCGCACGCACGUUCUCGCUUUGGAGGGGCAUGUGCAGCGCCUCUCAAGGGUCAGCAAGACGCUAACCUGCGUGAUGGACGAGUCACAGCCCAUGGACGCUGCCUUGCCGCUGUCCCCGGCGGUGCUCUACGAGUGCCUCAGGCGCAACCUGCAAGCCGUUGACGUUGCCUUGGAGCUCACGCGGCGUCAGAACCAGCAGGCCCUCAACGACAUCAGCGUCAUGUCGCAUGAGCUGGACGCCCUGCAGCACGAGCUGAUGGCUGUGCAGAAGGACAAGUUCCAGGCUGAGCAGAUCUUCACGUCCGGUACCGUGGCGCGCCAGAAAAUCCCCCAGCUGCGCGAUCACGUGACGUUUCUGCAAAGCCGGGAGUCCAAGCUGGCCACGGAGAUCAGCCAGAAGAGCCCCCAUCUGCAACGGCGCAAGCAGCACCAGACCGCGCUCACUCAAUACGCAAAGAGCCUCGAGGCCCUCCAAAAAGAAUGCAUUGAUGUGCGAAGACAGAUCCUCUGGUGCCGUGACGAUCCUAACGAGGACUCCAGCGUUGCGGCCAUCACAGCCUCCAGCCCACUGGGCCAACGCGUGCUGUCGUGCGCAAAACAAACCAAGGGAGCAUUUAGCAGCUUGUGCCAGCAAGCGUUUUCCCGCAUUGGUGAAGCGCGCUGUGUGCUCAUGAUCAUCUUUCAAGCCACCAAGCACAAGCUACGGCGCGAGGACCUGCUUCUGACGGCGUGCAGCAGAGCGCUCAUGCAGCACCUCGGCAGCGCUCGCUCUCGCAUCGUCCGGGACACAAUUUCAGAGCGCAAGCAGCUUGAGGAGGAGCUGAAGAAGCGCAGCGACGACGCUUUCAACGAGAUCAUGGCGUCGCUGGGCGAAACACACAAGGUCAAAGCCAAGAAGGGCAGUGACAAAGGCGGCAAAGCCAAGAACAAGAAAAAGAAGGACAAGUCGCGUCGCAAGAACAAACAACAACAACAACAACAACAACAACAACAACAACAACAACAACAACAACAACAGAAGCGGAAGCAGACGCAGCAGAAGCAGCAACAACAACAACAGAAGCGGAAGCAGACACAGACGCAGACGCAGCAAAAGCAGCAGCAGAAGCAGCAACAGCAACCUAGCGAACGUGGCGGAAGGCCUUCGGGUGAUAGCGAGUCAGCAGUGGGCAACCACAACGAAGCCAUACCCUCGCCCACAGAAGACACGCCGACGGGCACCAAUCACCGACAGUCCAAGUCAUCGGCAGCAUCUCCUGCCACCAUUGCCGCGUCAGUCAGCAAGCAGGCUGUGCCAUCCAUGGAUGACGAGGUGUCCCUGCUUGCUGACUCUGGCAUGCAUGCCAGCGUGAUGGUACCCGAAGACGCUCUCCAUAGCAGUGCCCCCUGGGAGGAGAACGAGUGGCAGGUUCCGCGUGGUCACGCUUCUCAGCGCAAGCAGCGACUGCAAGCACGUGGGCGCAACGCCAAGCCGAGCAACAGUGAUACAGCAGCAGCGGCAGCAGCGGCCGAGAGUCACGAGGCAAAGCAACACACAAGGCGCGCCCGUUCCAAGGGGGGCAAGGGACGUGGUACCAACCAACGUCCCAACAGAACGCACGAAGACGCACCAGAGGCGAAGCAGAGGCCUGCCACACUUGACACGAAAGGCAUAGCCAAGAACAAAGCCUCCGAGCGCAAACAGGCAUGGCCAGGCCAGCAGAAGCAGCAGAAACAGGCGGAUUUGAAGAAGCCGCCAAUGAAGCAGCAGCCAGUCAAGCAGCAGCCAGUCAAGCAGCAGCAAGUCAAGCAGCAGCAAGUCAAGCAGCAGCAAGUCAAGCAGCAGCAAGUCAAGCAGCCAGUCAAGCAGCAGCAAGUCAAGCAGCAGCCAGUCAAGCAGCAGCAAGUCAAGCAGCAGCAAGUCAAGCAGCAGCAAGUCAAGCAGCCAGUCAACCAGCAGCCAGUCAAGCAGCAGCCAGUCAAGCAGCAGCAAGUCAAGCAGCAGCCAGUCAACCAGCAGCAUGUGAAGCAGCAGCCAGUCAAGCAGCAGCAGGGGCAGCCAGUGAAGGACAAGAAGCAGCAGCAACAAUUGAGGCCAUGGAAGCAAGAGCGGACUGUUAUGAUGACCAAGGACACGCAACAGACGUCCAGCGUACCCCGGGCUGCAGCUUCCGCGUCCAAAACAGCGGCAGCCAUCGCGCCUGCUCGGGGUGCUGUGAAUUUUGCUGAUGGUGGCUCCCAGCAAGGGCUGUCCGACGUUGCUUUUGGGUUUGAUGAGGCUACAGAGGAAACAGGGAAGGAGAGCGCGCGUGAGCAGACACAAGCAAAAGAGAACUCCCCCGCAUCUACGUCCAGGCAGCAGCCGAAACAGCCGAAGCAGAAAGAGCUGCCGAAGCAGCAGGAGCAGGCGCAGCAGCCGAAGCAGCAACAGCAGCAGAAGGUGGAAGAGCGGAAACAGUCGAAGCAGCAAGAGAAGGAAGAGCGGAAGCAGCAGAAGCAGCAAGAGCAGCAACCGCUGAGACAAUCGAAACAGCCGAAGUCGCAAGAGAAGGAAGAGCGGAAGCAGCAGAAGCAGCAGAAGCAGCAAGAGCAGCAACCGCUGAGACAAUCGAAACAGCCGAAGUCGCAAGAGAAGGAAGAGCAGAAACAGCAGAAGCAGCAAGAGCAGCAACCGCUGAGACAAUCGAAACAGCCGAAGCCGCAAGAGAAGGAAGAGCAGAAACAGCCGAAGCAGCAGGCACAGCAGCAACAGAAGCAGAAUCAGGAUGAGCAGCAACAACAGCAGAGACAGGAAGAGAAGCCAAAGCAGGAAAGGCAGGAAGAGCAGCCAGGCCACGGUGCUCUCAAUGGUGGCGGUGCGGGCAUGAUGGUACCAGGGACAAACAACGCACCCCCUGCGCCUCCUUAUGCUGGACAGUCCUCUCAACCACCUUUGAUGCCGGCCCCGGUGCCCAUGCAUCCGCAAGGUGGCGGGGUUGUGCCUGGAAACCAACACCAGAUGCCGCAAUACGCGCCCGACCAACACGGCAUGAUGCCCCCACACCCAUGGCAGGAGCAGCAGGCGCACAUGGGCCACACAAACGGGGUCAUGAACCCUCACACACACUCGUACUACCCGCACCAUCCUCAGCAGUAUGUACCUAACACCCAGGUCCCUGGUUAUGGCCACCAGCACAUGCAGCCCCACACCGCGCAAGUGCAAGUGCAGCCAUUUCAACCAUCGCCCUACCAGCCAUCCCAGUCAUACCAGCCAUACCCGCCAUACCCGCCAUACCCGCCAUACCAGCAACCGCAGCCAGCACAGCCAGCACAGCAACCGCAGCCAGAUCAAUCAUCCCAGCCAGAUCAAUCAUCCCAGCCAUCCCCGACGCCCUCCGACGAUGCGCCUGCGCGUCCAACUCGUGUGCUGUUCAAGUUGACAGGGGCCUCACCAGAGGCCAACACGGCAAGCACCACUAGCGGUGAACCAACGUCACCUAUCACAGCACCACCAGCGCAGGCACCGGCGAAUUUGACGGCGGAAGGGAAGGGCGCGGCGGACACCACCGCUCCUGACAGCAGCGGCUCGGACUGCGAGGAGAAAGAGAAAGAGAAGCCGAACAGCGGGACGGGCAAGAGCAAACGAGAGGAGGAAUGCAAGGGAGCAGAGGUUAACGAGAUGGCGGGGCAGAACGGCUCGGUUAAGGAAAGCAAAGCGAACAAGGCUACGAAAGAGCAGGGCGUGGUCAACGUGGUGCAAGAGUCAAAGGAGAAAACAGAGAAAGUCAAGGGGUCAACGAUGACGGAAGCGCAGAGUGUGCAGGAGGACAAGAGUGAGGAGCAGGAGAAGACGAACCACGUCGUGAAAGAGCAGCAGGCUGAGGGUGAAGCAAAGAGUGAACAGCGCCCAAAGGAAGCUGGGCAAGAGACGGCAACCACAGCCCAGAGCGAGGAAGAGAAGACAAGGGAGGAGGAAGGCGGAAAUAGAGACGGUGGUGUCGAAAGCGGUAUCCAAGCUGAGCAGGAGCCGGAAGAAUCAGGGGCCAAAUCGCGGGAGCAGGGCGACACAGAAGAGCAACAACCGGUGAAUGAUGAUAACAGCCACACGGAGGUGAAGACAACAGGCCACCAGCGUCAUGCCCUGCGCGGUCAUCCCCGCAACGAGCGCGAUCAGCGCGGCCGCCACCACCCACAUCAUCCGAGCCCGCAGGACCCUCGCCGCAAGCAGCACCACAAUCGCCAAAGCCACCGUACACCUCGCAAGCAACAGCAUCCGCGGCCGCCGUUUCAUGCCCAGCACCAGCACCAGCACCAGCACCAGCAGUUGCCACACCCAGGGCUCGAUGCUUCUAUGGCACCAUUUCACCCAACCGGGGGCCCCAUCGCCGGCGGCCCGCAGGCACCACAGAUGCAACAAGUGCCGUACAUGCAUCAACAGCACAUGCAGCACACGCCACAAGUGCCGUACAUGCAGCAAGUGCCCCAAGUGCAGCACAUGCCUCAACAGCAGCAGCAGUUCAUGCCUCAGCAGCACACCAUGCAGUUUAUGCCUCAACAACAACAGCAGCAUAUACCGAUAGCCCCAGCUGGUGGCCAGCACCCAGGAAUGGUAGCAGGUGCUGGCGAGGGUACGAUGCCACCUGUGAUGCCGUAUCCUGCUCCUCAACCGCCCGUGCCAAACGGCGGUGUGCACCACGGCGCACCAAUGGCACAACACAUGUACAUGGGCCCAUACAUGGGCCAACUGCAGCAAUUUACGCACGGGCCUCAUUUCACAGGCGGACGAAAGCGUAACUCUCGCAACAAGUUCAAAUGACGCCACUUGCUUGUUGCUUAGUGCAGGCUUGUUGAGGCUGUGUGGAUAUGUAUGAGCAUGUUCGUGUGUGAAUAUGUAUGAGAGAGAGAGUAUGUGUGUUUAGUUGUUUGUUUGUUUGUUUGUUUGU